AUCCGGAGAAAGAAUUAGUCGUGAUGAUUGCCAACGUAAAGCAACUGGAAACACCGGUCGGAACCUGUAGCAGGGAGGCACACUGCAGAUUCCUGCACUAAACCGUUCUUAUGCUUCUUAUCGCCGCGUUGGACUUCGAUGCUGAUCUACCGGUGAAGCAACUCCUCUUUAGCCCGCUUUUCGCCGGUUUCCUGUUGCAUUUUCUGCCCCCCCCCCUACUGUUAUCGUGCGGGUUGGGCCGAGCAGCAUCGAAAUCCAACGAGGCAAUGCGACAUCUAUCGUGGGAACGGUACUGAUAGGAGCAAACUUAGAUCAGAUAUUUCCUGUGAUUAGACGACGGCAUGGGUCAGUUGGUGCUGAAUGUUAAGUGAUGUGUGGGUCUCUUACUGUAAGAAAUGUCCAUUAUUAAGAAUUAACUGUUAAUAGAUUAACUGCUGAUUGUAAUUGUUGUAAUUUUUGACAUGACACUCUGCAUUACACGCAAAUUAUACCAGUUUAAUUGUUUUCAAAAGAUUUCAUUGCACUCACUGAGAGAGUGAGCAUGAGUUAUAGCAAAACUUUUUUUAGUGCGUUAUAACAAGUGUUGUACACAAUAACGCACUAAAAAAAGUUUUGUCCCAACUCGGGUAAUCUAUGCUCACUGAUGAUGAUUUGCAGACGCAGUUUCCGGGUCAGAUUAGUUCAUUGGCUUUGGGUUCCCGGGUUCUUAUUGCGCCUUCCACCCAAAGGGGUUAAAUUCGCCUAUGUUAGCAGAUUACUGUACAUUGUUAGGUUGUCUCACUUGUCUGCACUGACUUUGUUGCUAAGGUUGCUGUACUUAUAAUAAAACUAUAAUUAUGAAAUAAUGUAGCUUAAUUAGUCUUUUCUGAGUACUGUAAGUCUGUAACUAGUACGAACUUACCUACGUUACUUCGCCGGGGAGUAAAGUAUAGUACUAUUAGUUGAUAACAGUAACAACGUUACAACAACAAUAAUAAUAACAACGUUGUAGAGGACAGUAUUAGGUAAAGUUGGUAGUCAGAUAUACCAGAAGUCGAUUGGAGCCUGUUAGAUUGUUAGCUUGUUAUCACAGUACCUAUAGAAAAGGGGGCAACUGUCAAGGUCGAAUUAAAUUAGCAAGGGAGCCAUGAUGUCUACAUGCAGGCGGAGGACUGGACUCCUGUGGUCAGCAUGCGUGUGGUGUUUAAUGAUGCAGCUGCAAGUGUGUACGGGAUGUCUGCCAUCACGUCAAAGGUCGCCGUCACUGAGCUUGAAGAAAAGGCUUGCGGAGGCGAUGCUGAUUAACCGACAGGACGACCGGGUCAUACUGCCUGGAAUGGUGCCCAGCAAUAUCGUGACGGACAGCGUGGUGUACCGGCCGCGUUUAGGGGAGGACGCGGCGUUCAACUGCAGUGUUCCCGCCGGCGUCGACUGGCGCCACGUGUCCUGGCUGCACCAGGACCGCACCGUUUUCAGGGAUGGACAACCGGUGCCGGUGGAGAACACCACGCGGCAGAAAUACAACUUUACUCACGUCAACCUCACCUUGAUUUUCGUAGUUCCCAACGUCACCAUGCGCUCCGGCGGCUCUGUGCAGUGCAUCAUCGAGCCUUCGGGCCACGUCUAUAUGCCCCAUCGCCGCGUCCUGCAGCGCUACCAGCUGCUGCCGUUGAUCACACACCGCAGCGACGUCUUCGCCGCGCUCGAUGCUCCCUACGUGACCGCCACUGAGGGCGAGACAGUCACGGUGCAGUGCAGUAUCCGGCUGCCCCUCCCGGAAGGCAUUGCAAUGAAUUUGGACAACCACAUGAUGUGGGUCCACCGUGGCCGCAUCGUUUCUGGUCCCUGGGAGGAGCCUUACGGACUCCCGAUGCCCACCGGAGAGAACUUUGAAUCGGGCUUCACAGAGUUUACCAACAACCCCGGACAGCUGGUGCAUGCCCAGUUGCACUUUCGGAAUGUCACUCAGGCCGACGGAGGAUACGUGCAGUGCCUGUUACGGCCGCAUCAGGGCAUACACGAGUGGAUAGUUAAGACGACGACACUGCUUAUUUUUCCCAGGAAUAGCCCGCAAUCUUUUCACUGAAAAUUUGAGCGUGCCAUAUCAGGAAAAAAAGUUUUAUUUAUGAACCCCGAACCCAUGCAUCUGGUGAAUGUGAACACCUCAGCACCUAGCACCGAUCACCCAACAUCCUGCCAAAGUUACUGACUAAUAUCAUCCGUUGGACAAGAUUUCCAAACUUGUGAACAAACCUGGAUAAAUAAAUUCUGUAAACAAUUUAGAAAGAGAACACACCAUUUAGUAAUAUUAUUAUAUCAGUAUACUAAUAAUACUGUACUUAUUAUUGUCUGUUGAUAUAGGUGAGAACAAGAUGAGCCUGUCAUUGAGCCAUAAUCAUAAUAUACAAUAGCUUCGUCUUGCCGCUGAUUCACCCGUGAUUUGACUCAUUCUGCACGAUUCGAAUCGGGGCAAAGAAUAAUUAUAAAAGACAUCAUGUUUC